CCCACAUGAUGUGAUUCAUUUUCCUCUUUCCUCAAUUGGCAGUCAUUUUAGGGAGAAAAGCAAAGCGUACUCAAUUGGUCUACUUAGAGCUCCAUAGAACAAUGGAGUAUCCUUCCGAUGUGGAUGAAGAUGGUUAUACUAAAUUAAACUUUCACUCUCGAGAUGCUACCAGAAGACCUGUGGACUCAGAGAAAGAAUGAGAGAUGCAGUCCCCUCGGCUCCCCAGCAUCUCCUGUUGCAGGUUCUCCUUGGAAGCUCAUAGCUGUGAUUUUGGGAACCCUAUGCUUGGUAAUACUAGUGGUAGCCGUGGUGCUGGGUUCCCUGGGAGUUGUUCCCAGCACUUGUCCUCCUGAUUGGAUUGUGCAUGAGAAGAGCUGUUACCUCCUUAUCCUUUCACUAGAUUCCUGGUAUGGAAGUAAGAGAAGAUGCUCUCAGCUGGGCUCCCAUCUCCUGAAGAUAGACACCUUAAAAGAAUUCGAUUUUAUAGUAGGACAAAUGUCUUCCUAUCCUAUUAAUUCUUUCUGGAUAGGACUUUCUCGCAAGCAGACUGAGGAAUUAUGGCUCUGGGAUGAUGGAUCAACUUUCUCUUAUAACUUGUUUCAAAUCAGAAGCACAGCUACCCAGGAAAACACAACUCACAACUGUGUGUGGAUUCAUAUGGGAAAUGCUUAUGACCAAGCCUGUAAUAUUCCCUCCUUCAGUAUUUGCGAAAAGUUGCUGUCAGGGUGAAGGGAGGAAGGAGAAAAGUAUCUGAGAUCAUAAGGAUGACAAAACAACAACAAAAACAACAACAACAACAAAAAGAGUGGUAUUUGAGGGCAAUUAAAGUAAGGAAAUGAAAGUGUUGACCACUUAGCAAACUUUAAUCUUAGCUGAGAAAUAGGAUGAAAGGCUGUGUGAUUUCUUGUCAAGCCCACUGCAAAGUUAACAUUAAGUUAUAAUAGAUAGAAUCCUGGAUGUGGAGUUAGGGGACUAUUGUUCUUAGAGAUGCAGAAAUAAGACAACAAAGACCAAGGAAAUCUCUGAGAUCUGGGCCAGAGCUCAUGCAUGUGAGAACUCAUAGCUGGAUCUUCUGUAACCUUUUUCCCACGUCAACAUCCUUAAAGCCUCACAAUCAUGGACUGCAUGUCACGUAUAUAAUUUAAUCAGUGUGGAUAUGGACAUGAACGCAUAUUGAAAGCCCUUGAAAAUGACUCAGGGCCCCAUCAAUCAAUCCUGUCAAUCUUAUCCAGAAAUCUGAUGAGAGGUACUUGGCCUUGGGCACACAGCUUUUAAAAUCCAAAUGCCCAGUUUCAUCGCAACGCCACUUUUUGGUCAUGCCUGUCUUAGCACAUUUUCCCAUUCUCUUCAAUAAAUUUCGCUACAUUUUCUGUUACCAGGGGAAGUAUACUUUUAAUUCUUUGCUAGCUGUACGCAAGAGCUUGGAGUCUAUCUGUUGGAUCCACUUUGUGGUAUCAGUACUAUUAAUACAGGACUGUGCGGAUUUCUGUAUUGCUGAGAGGCAGUUGUAUAACUUUCUUGUGUUUGUUAAUAUAUGUAAAGAAAUUGUGCAAAAAUCACUGAAUCGUUCACUAUAAAUGGUUAAUUUUAGGUUGUGUCGGUUCUACCUCAAUGUAAAGAAAAUGCUUGUUAAAGAACCUUUGGCCUCUAAAUUACAUGUCUGCCCAUGAGAAUCAUUGUCAUAAUUUGACCUCUUCCCCAAAGUGUAGACGAGUUUGAUACUAGGUAGGGCAUAUAAAUGGUAGUUCUGAAUUAAAGCACAAAUUUGAACUUUGAAAGAUAAAAAAAAACUAUGUAAGACAAUAGAUUUUUGUGACAUUUACUAUCAUCUCUUAAAAUGUAUUAUGAUUUGGGUCUAGAUGUCCCCUCAAAGUCUCAUGGGGUCAUAGGUGGGUGAAUCUAGAGUGUGGUGCAGGAUUGAGGGAGUGUGAUUACUGAACCACUACCUAUCAGCCUUUGGUUUGGCACCGCCCUCAUCCCGUUGGUCUGAAUGAGAUAAAAGGAGCAGAAAGACACUCUUA